GUUGACUCAGAUCUUCGAACACAGCUGGAAGACCAGGGUACCGGGGUUGCUCAGACCGGUUAACCCAAGUAUCUACUCGUGUAUCAUGCUACAUACACGUAGAAGUACUCCAGCAUUGGGUCGACGUGCCGGCGCGCGCAGUCUAAAGCUGUACUCUGUUACAAGCAACAACUCGGGCUGUCUUCCUUUGUGUAUAAAGUCACUGACGUGCGUGAGAUUGACACCUCAUUCAAAUAUUAGAUGUCAUCACGUUCCCAGCUAAUAGCCUGUUUCCCCAUCGUUCGAUACGUCCCCAUACCUGACGUUGGACACUAUGACUUGACAUCUUUCCCUAAACGGUUGGGCGAGUCACCUGUGCAGAAUGUUUACCUCGAGGCUCACAAUGCACAAUGCAACAUUUGUUUGGUGGAUUUUGACCCUCCUCCGAGCAAAAGUUCACAUACCCGGGCCGUUGCUGAACUCGAGUCUGGCCCUCUUAUACAGCUUCCUUGUUCUCACGUGUUCCAUACAGACUGUAUUGGCAAUUGGCUUUUUGGAAAUUCCACAUGUCCUUCAUGCCGCGCAAAUGUCAUAUCUCCUGUGGAGAAAUUAAUGGGCAAACCAUCAGAGUCACCCUUCCUGACCAACUACAACAGUCAUUCACCUGACUCGCCCGUGUUGCUAUCUCUGCUAUCAGCCUCACGCCAAAGCUCUUUGCGCCAUCUUCGCCCUUUGCGCCCAACUCGGGAAACGUUGCAACGUGGAAGCACCAACCCUAACGCACGUUCAAGUCUUCAUAGACUCCUUUUGUAAAGAGGGGGAGGUGGUUAUAUGUAUGUUAGAGUGGUUCUAGGCUCUGAUAUCGUUAAAUCUUGUAUGUCACUUUUGGAUGUCC